AUGGCAGAACGACAACUCACCCAAAUCCUCACCCAACUCCAAACCUCCGCCUCCACCCUCUCCUACACCGAUUCCUCCGCCCUUCUCUCCAAAGCCAAGCUGUUGCUCCUGCAACUCAACGCCCUGACCCCGACCGCGCCCGGCUCCGCCUCCAACCCUUCGCUCUUCUCUCUCGCCCGCCAAGUCUACGAGCAAGGCGCGCUUGCCUCGAUCCGCGCCAAGAACCCCGACGCCUUCCUGCGCUACGUCAGCCAGCUGCAGGGCUUCUACGAACUCGAGGGGACCGUCGGCACCGGUGCUGCUGGCGGCAGGAUCGCGGGACCGGACGCGAACAGGGAGGAGAAGAACAAGGUCACUGGGCUUUAUCUGCUGCUUCUGCUGACGCAGGGACAGUAUGCCGAGUUCCACAGCGAGCUGGAGGCGCUGAGCACGAGGUUGGGCGGUGUUAGUGAGCUGGAGGCGGAUAGGUAUCUGGGUUAUCCGAUCAAGUUGGAGCGGUGGCUGAUGGAGGGGAGCUAUGAUCGGGUGUGGAAGGCGAUGAAGAAGGGGGAGGUUCCUUGUGAGGAGUAUGGAGUUUUCUCUGAGAUCCUCACCUUCCAAAUCCGCUCCGAAAUCGCCUCCUCCUCCGAGCGCGCCUACCCCUCGCUUCCCAUCUCCUCCACCAAGUCUCUCCUCUUCCUCGAGUCCGAGGGCGAAGUGGUCGAGUUCGCCCGCUCCCGCGGCUGGGUCCUCAAGGACGGCCACAUCAUCUUCCCCUCUGCUGAGCCGGCGGCGGAGGAGGCUGGUGCCGAGCAGGAGAAGCCGUUCAGCCAGUUGGUCAUUGAGAAUGCGCUGGGCUAUGCUAGGGAGUUGGAGACGAUUGUCUAA